GCGGUGCCUGCAGGCUGCGGCGGGUGAGGGAGCCGAGGCGAUGCUGGAAGAGGCGGGCGAGGUGCUGGAGUCGGUGCUGAAGGCCUCGUGCCUGCCGCUCAGCUUCCUGCUCUUCGUGCCGGCCGUGCUGCUGCUGCUGGGGCCGCCGCCCGCCGCCGAGGCCGCCCACGAGUUCACGGUCUAUCGCAUGCAGCAGUACGAGCUGGGCGGGCAGCCCUACGGCACAAGGAAUGCGGUGUUAAACACAGAGGCCCGCACUGUAGAGGCAGACGUGUUGAGCCGCCGCUGCGUGAUGAUGCGGCUAGUGGAUUUCUCGUAUGAGCAGUACCAGAAGGCUCUCCGCCAGUCAGCUGGGGCCGUGGUGAUCAUCUUGCCCAAGAACAUGUCAGCGUUGCCACAGGAUGUUGUCAGGCAAUUCAUGGAGAUAGAGCCAGAAAUGCUGGCCAUGGAAACCAUUGUGCCAGUCUAUUUUGCAGUAGAGGAUGAAGAGCUUCUCUCCAUUUAUGAACAAACACGGGUUGCUUCUACAUCACAAGGUUCAGCUUCAGCUGCUGAAGUUCUGCUGCACACGGCGACUGCCAAUGGCUUCCAGAUGGUUACAAGUGGGGCUCAGAGCAAAGCUGUCAGUGACUGGCUCAUAACCAGCCUGGAGGGGAGGCUGACUGGUCUGGGAGGAGAGGACCUGCCCACCAUUGUAAUAGUUGCCCAUUAUGAUUCUUUCGGCGUGGCCCCGUGGCUGUCUCAUGGUGCAGACUCCAACGGCAGUGGCAUCUCUGGGCUACUGGAACUAGCCAGGCUCUUUUCUCGACUCUACACCUACAAACGUACCCAUGCUGGGUAUAAUCUGUUGUUCUUCACGUCUGGAGGCGGUAAAUUUAACUAUCAGGGAACCAAGAGGUGGUUGGAAGACAAUUUGGAUCACACAGAUUCCAGUUUGCUGCAGGAUAACGUGGCGUUUGUUCUGUGCCUUGACACCCUGGGCAGAGGAAACAGUCUUCACCUCCACGUCUCAAAACCUCCCAAGGAGGGGACCCUGCAGCAUGCUUUUCUAAGGGAGUUGGAGAUGGUGGUCGCGAGCCAGUUUCCAGAAGUGAAAUUCUCCAUGGUGCACAAGAAGAUAAACCUUGCUGAGGACAUGCUGGCAUGGGAGCAUGAGCGCUUUGCAAUCCGCCGCCUGCCUGCUUUCACCAUCUCCCACCUGGAGAGCCACCGGGACGGCCUGCGCAACAGCAUCAUGGACUUGAGGUCACGAGUUGACUCUAAGACUCUAACCCGUAACACCAGGAUCAUUGCUGAGGCAUUGACUCGGGUCAUCUACAACCUCACUGAGAAGGGGGCGCCUGCUGACUUGCAGAUCUUCACAGAGCAGAUGCAGAUCCAGCAGGAGCAGCUGGAGUCCGUGAUGGACUGGCUGACCAGUCAGCCCAGAGCUGCCCAGCUUGUAGAUAAAGACAGCACCUUCCUCAACACCUUAGAGUAUUACAUGAGCCGCUAUCUGAAAGAUGUCAAGCAGCAUCAUGUGAAGGCAGAUAAACGGGACCCUGAGUUUGUUUUCUACGACCAGUUGAAGCAGGUGAUGAAUGCAUACAGGGUCAAGCCAGCAAUCUUUGACCUGCUCCUGGCUCUCUGUAUAGUAGCCUACCUCGGAGUUGCCUAUGUUGCAGUCCAGCACUUUGGUCUCCUUUACAAAACGGUACAGAAGUUAUCCCUUAAAUCCAAGCAGCAGUGAAGUGACACAUCACCAACUCAUCAAGCAGCACUGAGCCACCAGUGAGCCCAGCAGGAGUUUCUGCCUUCCACUGGCUCCUGCCAUUUCUCCCUCUUUCCUCUAACCAGCCUGGAGGAAAGCAGAGAUUAACAGAACUUCCAACUCCUGUGCACCUUUUUUAGGUCUCCCCCCAACUUGCCCAUUUUCCUUCAUUUUGUGGCGAGGGAGAUGUGCAGAGACUCGGUCAAUCCCUGCAGAUUGUUUAAACACUGAAUGGCUGAUGUAAAGUUUCCGCCGAACAAGAAGUUUCUGUGAGUGUGAAGGUGCUGAACCUGGUUUCACAGACAUGUGCCAUACAGCCAGCUUGAAGGCUAAAUCCACGGGGCAAAGGGACGGACAGCUCUGCCCAGCCAACUGGACUCGGAGCACUCGUUUUAAAAAAAAAAAAAAAAGAGAGAGAAAAAUGUGCACAUGUAAAUUAAAAGAUAAUUAUUAGCA